GGGUAUUACAGAUGGCGGAGUAUGAUUGGAUGUCGACGUGUUCGUUAUGCGCAGGUAGAAAUAAAUAAAUAUGCAAACAAAAGAAAAAAAAAAAGAAGGUGAGAAACAGUUUUGGAGUGUGGUAGAGAUGGCGAGCUCAGUGACGCUGAUUCUAUGGAGCCUUCUUCUUCUCGGAACCCUAAGCGCUAUUCAUGCCAAAAAAUCAAAGGAAAAGAUCACACACAAGGUUUAUUUCGAUGUCGAAAUUAAUGGCAAAGAAGCCGGUCGUAUUGUCAUGGGUCUAUUUGGCAAGACAGUCCCCAAAACUGCUGAGAAUUUCCGAGCUUUGUGCACAGGGGAGAAAGGAGUAGGUAAGAAAGGGAAGGCUUUACAUUACAAGGGGAGUUCUUUCCAUAGGAUCAUACCAAGCUUUAUGCUCCAGGGAGGUGACUUUACUGAUGGAAAUGGUAUGGGAGGUGAAUCUAUUUAUGGUGAGAAGUUUGCUGAUGAGAACUUUAAAAUCAAGCAUACUGGUCCAGGGUAUCUAUCAAUGGCAAACGCCGGUGAAGACACCAACGGGUCACAGUUUUUCAUCACCACAGUAACAACAAGCUGGUUGGACGGGAGGCACGUAGUGUUCGGGAAGGUAGUGACGGGAAUGGACGUUGUGUACAAAAUCGAAGCUGA